UUCUUUUUUUUCUGCCAGAGAUGCGGUAUGUUUUGUGAUUGUUGUUUACCGUUUUAGUUAUGAUCCGACACCCUACCUAAACUAUAAUUAGCACAGGGCAGCAGCUGGCAGGUGGGUGGGUGGUUAUAGCCAUGCUAAUCGAGUGCCAGGUACUUCUUGUGACUACCUGCAUUCGUUUUCAAAGUCGUGUCUCCGUACAUUGAAGCAAGACGAGGAGGCUCUUCUUAGUCUUCAAGGUCAAAGGUCAAUUGGAGGUCAACCCAGUGACCUGUUGUUUUUACCAUGGGGAUAGACUUUGAUGAUGCCUUGGAGAGGGUCGGUGGUUUGGGUUACAUCCAGAGGUUACACAUGCUCCUCCUGUUUGCUCUUGGAAUAUUUCAAGGACCUUUCAUCAUGACGUUGGUCUUUGUUGGGAAAGAACCAAACUAUCGUUGUCAAGGUCACGCUCAUGAAGUCAAUGCGUGUGACCUUGAACCACCCUGCCAGAAUUUUGUUUACGGUACAGAGUUUACAUCCAUUGUCUCAGAGUGGGAUCUCGUCUGUGAGAAAAAACGAGAUGUGGGCUAUGCACAGUCCCUGGUGAUGUUAGGCUUCCUUGCAGGGGUUGUAGUUCUAGGUCGCACGGCUGACAAGUGUGGCCGCCUUAAGACGUAUGCAUGGAGUAUGUUUUGUGUCGUUGUAGCUCAAGCUUUAUCUGCUUUUACUCAAAACUUGUACCAAUACUCGGCAACAAGGUUUGUACUUGGGUUCUUUUGUGGCGGCGGUGGACUGGCAGGGCAUGUAUGGAUGUUGGAGGCGCUACUUCCAAAGAUGCGCGCCCUAAUUGGGGCGAUCUUCCACUGCUCAUUUGCAUUUGGCAUUGCGAUUUAUGCAUUGAUGGCUUACUUUAUUCGGGAUUGGAGACAUUUAACCAUAGUUACCUGCAUUCCCAUGGUGAUUUUAGUUUUAGUUCCGUUGGUAGUACCAGAAUCGGCUCUUUGGCUGGCCUCUAAAGGCCAGAGUGAUAAAGCAGAAGAUAUCCUGUAUAAGAUGGGUAGGACAAACGGUCUGAAAGUCACCCGCUCCAUGCUCUCUCUGAACAGCCGGAUCAAUGAGACCAAAGUGAAGGCGUCUCAUGGUACCUUGGACCUGUUCCGCACACCGAUAAUGAGGAUGAGGAUGAUGAUCCUCAUGAUCACAUGGUUUACUUGCUGUCUGACAUACUAUGGUCUUACCUUUGGUGCUAGUGGCUUGGGUGGGAACAUGUACAUUAACCUGGCCCUCUCAGGACUCGUUGAAGUACCAGCUAGCCUCCUUAGUGUCUGCUCAUUAAAUAGAUUGGGGCGUCGACCAACCAUGGCAGGUUCCCUUUUCAUCGCCAGUGUAUCCUGCUUGGGUGUUGUGGCUUUUCCAAAAUCACCAGAUGGUGCAAUGUCAUCAGCACAGACGUGCCUGGCUCUUAUCGGCAAAAUGGGUAUCUCUGUGUCUUUUAACACCUUGUAUCUCUUCUCUAGUGAGCUUUUACCUACAGUACUAAGGAAUACGGGAAUGGGUGUAUGCUCCAUGUCUGCUCGUGUUGGUGGGAUCAUAGCUCCGAUGCUUCCACCAUUUGGUGACAGGGUUGCCUACCUAACGUUUGGGAUCGUUGCAUUGCUGAGUUCAAUUCUAGAUCUGUCCCUCCCAGAGAGCCUUAACAAGCCGCUUCCUGAGACAGUGGCGGACGUGGAGAUUCCAACACAUUGGGCGUCUUCCGAUAAAGAAGAAAAACUCCUGAGCGAGUCCUAGCACUCUGUUCAUGGUUUGAAAGAAAAACUCCUAAGUGAGACCUAGCACUCUGUUCAUGGUUGGAAAGAAAAACUUCUAAGAGAGACCUAGCACUCUCUUCAUGUCUUCAUGGUUGGAAAAAAAAACUCCUAAGCGACACCUAGCACUCUCUUCAUGGUUGGAAAGGAGACUCCUAAGCGAGACCUAGCACUCUCUUCAUGGUUGGAAAUGAGACUCCUAAGCGAGACCUAGCACUCUCUUCAUGGUUGGAAAAAAACCAUGCUCUCGUUGUUUCAGAGACAUUGGUGGAUGUGAAGAUUGCAACACAUGAUGCGUCUUCUGAGAAGUCAAAAAAACUUCUAAGUGAGACCUAGCACUCUCUUCGAUUAUGGUUGGAAAGAAAAACUUCUAAGUGAGACUUAGCACUCUCUUCAUGGUUGGAAACAAACAAAGCUCUCGUUGUUUUCAUCUAAACUGCCCUCUGUUGAAAUCUUUAAUUGAUUGAUCUUAACUGCGAAUCACUCUAAACUGCUAAGCAAAGUGUGAUGUCCAAUACUGUAUGAGCAACUCAUCUUAAUAAAUCCAGGUGCUUUGUGAAAUCGGCACCAUGAUUUGUAGUCACGAAAAGUUACAUCUCAAAGCUGACUGAUUGUGAGAAACGGCUCCCUCUGAAGUAAUGUAGUUUUCGAGAAAGAAGUAAUUUUCCACGAAUUUGAU